CCUCCACAUGACACUGUAAAGAGAAGAUGCCCAUCGAAAUGCCGAAGGGAUUACCUUUCUCGGUGGACACGUGGAGCCCAUCAUCGAAGAGCAGUAAGAGACACCAUUUCCUCACUCACGCCCACAAAGACCAUUCCUCUUCCAUCACUUCCCAUGCUUCCUUCCCUAUUUACUCCACCCUUCUCACCAAAACCCUCAUUCUUCAACAUUACCCUCACCUUCUCUCUUCCUUCUUUCUCCCUAUUGAGGUUGGCCAAUCCCUUACCAUCCAUGAUCCCGCCGGUGCCUUCACUGUCACCGCUUUCGACGCCAAUCACUGCCCUGGUUUUUUCAUUACUUUUAAUUUAAUUCUCUUUUUUAUCCAUCUUUAUCAACAUAUUCUAUCUUAUUCAUGGGCUGUGAUGUUCUUGUUUGAAGGGAUAUUUGGUAACAUUCUGCACACCGGAGAUUGCAGACUCACCCCAGAGUGUCUGCUGAAUUUACCUGAUAAAUAUGUUGGGAGGAAAGGAAGAGAGCCUCGCUUCCCUCUUGAUUGUGUUUUCUUAGACUGUACUUUUGCCAAUUUCUCUCAGGGGAUGCCUACCAAGCAUUCCGCUAUUCAACAUGUUAUUAAUUGUAUAUGGAAGCAUCCUGAUGCACCGACGGUGUAUCUAACCUGCGACAUGCUUGGUCAAGAAGAGAUCCUUGUUAAUGUGUCCCAGACAUUUGGAGAUAAAAUAUACGUUGAUAGAGCGAAAAAUCCGGAUUGUCUCAAGAAUCUAUGUCUUAAUGUGCCUGAAAUCCUUUGUGAAGAUCCAUCUUCUCGUUUCCAUUUGUUUGAUGGAUCUCCAAGACUAUAUGAAAGAGCAAAAGCAAAGAUGGUCGAGGCCAAGGCAACUCUCCAACCUUUGCCUCUCAUUAUCCGGCCUUCUGCCCAGUGGUAUGUUUGUGAAGAAGAGUUCUCAGAAAUUGAAAACACUAGAAAAAAGAGGAUGAAUGAAGCAGUUAAGGAUCAGUUUGGCGUAUGGCAUGUCUGUUACUCAAUGCACUCAUCCAAGGAAGAAUUAGAAUGGGCACUUCAACUUCUUGCACCUAGGUGGGUUGUUUCAACAACUCCCAGCUGCAGGGCUAUGGAGCUGGAUUAUGUUAAGAAACAUUGUUUUAACUCUAAAGGAGCUCUCAACAACUCUGUGCGCAAGCUUCUGGAUAUGAUUGUGGAAACUUCUGAUGGUGCUGAUACAUUGGUCAAUUCUGCAAGAUGUUAUCCUGUACUUGAAGGGACCCCUCAGCCUUUUACGCAAACUAAAUCACCAAUCAAACAGUGCGUUGACGCUAAAGUACCGGAAGAAUUGUCUCUUCAUGGCAAAAGCUUGCCUAUCACAACUUUUGGAAGAGCGAGGCUCAGUCUCCAAGAUGUUGGCGUUUCACGAGGAGGAUCUGAUAUGUUGCCUGUUAAUGUUCUUUCUCAAAAAGUUUCAAGUGAUACCCGACAAGAAUUCUUGAACGAUAUGGAUGAUGUUGAAGUGAAGGAGGGAUCACCGGAAAGAAAUAAUGAUUUACAUCCAGUGGAGAAGCAUCACCAAUCCGAGGUUCAGGAAGGAACGAGAGUUAAUAUGAGUACCUCUUAUCUAAAUAUUGGAUCUUCGGGCUUGAGUGGAAGUGUCAUAAAGUUGUACAGGUCAAGGAAUGUUUCUGUGCCUCAACCUCUUCCCUCCUUAGCAGGUCUUAUGAAGUCCAUUAAACGUGUCAAGAGGGGAAUUGAUUAUUAAUCUUUCUUUUCUUCACUUGUCUUGCUGGAGAUGCUCAUGCAUGUAUAAUUCUCAAGAUUUUACAAGAAUUUGUUAUGCCUUCCUCUUUUUCAAACCACCACGUAUGUUACAAGAGUACCUGACAAGAAGCAGCAAGGUGGAGCGAAGAAUUAGCAGGACUGUAGAAGUGUUGUCAAUCUGCUACCAUACAGUUGUUUUUUUUUUUUUUUCCUUUGAACAAGAGGUUCAUCAAAGGAUGCUUCACAUGGAGGAGCUCAUAUACGUGACAGUAUUAUGGAAAUUCAAAUAAUAGAUUCUAAAGUUUUACAUAUAAUUGCAAGGUUGAGGUCUGACAAGGAGCAGCAGAAGUCAAGCAAGAAGCUUUUAUGGUCAUAGAAGUGGUGCUUAGCUGCAAUACUCUGUAUCGUAGUAUCACUGCUUUCUUGCCCAGAUGCCUCAAUUAUGCAAUUUUAGUGAAGGGAUUCAUUAUACUUUUCUAACAGGGGAAUACAUUGUAUUGCUGUCAUCGAUACCAACAUA